AUGUUGCUCAAGCACGCCAAAGCCCUAAUGACCUCACUCGUCCUCCUCCUCGUCCUCAUCCUACCCACUGUCUCGGCCCAUUCCAGAAUCCAGGGCAACAUCAAGUGCGGCGUGUGGAUGGCACCGCUCGAGGCCAACACGGCAACCAAGCGGGCCGCGCUGCGCUCCGUCGCCGAGGCGGCAAUCCAUCGCCUGUGCCGUGCCGACCGGUCCGACUGCGCCGGCUCGGCCGACGUGCUGCACAACUACUGCAACGACGACGAGUGGAGUGACGACGGAUCCACCCACGUCAUGAUCGACCUCAUCACGAGGAAUGGGGUGAGGCAGGACAGGAUUGCUGUUGAUGAUUGUCUGGAAAUGUUUGACAAUAUUUUGAAACACUGCGUUGAGAGCAAGUGGCAGGAGGGCAGUUUUACGGAGGCGAAUGGGAACAGGAUUGUCAACUUGGUGUACGAGCAGGAGUGCGAUUCCUCCCCGACUGGGCUGUGUGGAUGA